AUGUCGCAGACCGUUGUUAUUCUUUUCAUUGCUUUCCUUGCAUACGUACAAGGAUCACCGGUAAGUAUUAACUAUGUUUCCCGUUUGUUGCCCUUUUCGUUGUUGAAUACAUGGUUGAUAGCGGCGCAAAAUAAUGGAAAGAGGAGAUGAAGCAGAGCUAAUCUGGAUACUCAGUUUUCUUUGUAGGAUAAUAACAGGUUACAGAGAGUUUGGUCAUAUUAUUCCACAUCUGGGGAAUUUAAGCUAAUCUAGGGUAGCUGUAAGUAAGACAACAAUUAUUAGCCUGAGUAUCAGGCCUUCCUAAGGGGCUAGGGCAGAGGAAAUUUUAGAAGGGGGAGGGGGAGGGGGAGAAGCUCUCAGCUCUCUCCCUUUUUCCCUUCCAUCUUUUCCCUUUUCCCCAGAAACGCCUGAUACUCAGGCUAAACAAUUAUGUUUUCGUUUUGCUAUCCUAGCAAAUCAAUCAAUGCAUAUUUGUUUAUUUGUUUCUUGUAAAUGAAUGGCCGUGCAACAGAAUUAUGUUCUACUGUUCUAGGUUUGUUUAAAAAGCAGAAAUAAGUUCAAGGUCGAUCAACUUCAAACGAUCAUAUAGGAAUGCCAUUUUAAGAAAUCUUUUUUAUCUUCGCAAGAGAUUUAAUUUUUAUUCUUUAUGGGUAAAUAUAAAGUAAUUUAAGCCUCGCUUUUCCUUGUAUAUAGACAAUUUUAGCUAGUUUUUUUUUUUUUGACAUGAAUGGUUUAUCUUAACGAUGAAAUAUUUAGUUAGGAGUAUUUCUUUUCUUUUCUUUUUUUUCUUUUUUUUUCUGUUUUUUAAAGGAGUAAUAGAAAGAGCCCCAAUGUGGAUGAUUCAAUAAAGUUUGUAUUUUGUAUUUUUCUCUGGUCCGUACACCUGUUCGUACCGUCCCUACUAUCCCUUAGCCAACGCUUAACACCAAAGGACUGUACUAAGAUAAACAUAUUUUUGCUCUGACUUCUUGCUUUUUGGAUCAUAGAUUGCACAAAACUAACCUCACUCAUAACUUCCUUGAUUUUUUCCUUCCACAGCAUCUCAUAUUAGGUAAGAGGAUAAUUAUAUAUAUAUAUAUAUGUAUUUUUUGUAUUUUUUAUUUUUUUUUUUCACCUUCUGGAAAGAAUGAACUGGCUACAAUCCGCAACAAAAUUGUUGAGACACUGUCCGCAAAAGGGGUAACUUCGGAGAACAUCACAAUCCACACCCCUACCCCUCCCCUCCAUUUAAAGUUGGGGUGUUAGUUGUUUUCUAUAGGUAGCUCGAACAGCCACACAACAUUGCAUUAGGGGGUGGGGGAGGGAAAGCUCCAUUUUUCCCUUUUGAAGUCGGUAAAACGCCAGAAAGACAAUUUAGGGCAAAGUAUCUCAACUAAUUUUGUCGCAGAUUGUAGGUCGAUAAUUCAAGUUAAAACGGUAACCAACGCUCAACAAAAACAUAACAAAGGGGUAGGAAGAACGUGAAUUUUUCUUUGAUCUGCAAAUAUGUGUUCGAAUUAGCGGUAAAUUUCGUAGAAUAUAUGACAGGGAGACUUACUGGCCUCCGCUUAAACGUUUCAAGGUAGCUUUCGUCUAUGUUUCAAGUCUUGUAUAUGUCUGCUGUUUUGUUUUUACGCGGAAUGAAGAAUUCUGCUGAGCUCUGGAAUGACUGAAAAUUUCAGCUAUUCUAGGAAGACGGAUUUGAUUGCCCUCCGAGAGUAAAUACAGCAGUUAGCGGUUUCCGAACAACUCUUGGUUGCUGACCUGACGAUAAAACAGACUGUGCAGAUAGGUGGAGGUAACCACUUGAUCUCUAGAAAAAGAAGAGAUUACUUUAAUGCUACAAAUAUUACCGGUUCGAGAUACAAGAACUUUCUCUAAAGUACAAAAUGUCACGAAAAUAAACGAAAUCAAAAUGCCUGAUCACUUUAUUUAACAGGUUUAAGUUGCAACUGUCCCGACAAAUCUUUGCCUCCUUGCCCUGAUUCUGGAGCAUGUGCAGCCGUAACCUGUUUACCAGGCCGCUCCUGUGAGCCAUGUCCUUGUAACUGUAACAUCGCCCGGUGCGUGCGAACAGCACCACCUCCAUUUCCAGGUGAAAGUCAUUUAUAGAGACUUCUUACUUUUGAAAACAAAAUGGGAUGAAAAUGGAAAAACUGCAUGAUCUAUUCCUUUACUCAACAGGCCCAAGAUGCCCGUGCCAAAACGAAGAUUUCCGGCCACCUUGCCCUGAUUUUGGAGCAUGCGCCGCCAUAACUUGUGGACCAGGCUUCUCCUGCGAGCCUUGUCCUUGUCAGUGUAGAACCGGCCAGUGCGUGCCCAGCGACCGACGGUAG